AUGGAAGGGCUCAUGAAGAAAUAUAGCAUCAUGCAUAAAGUAGCCACGGCCUACCACCCACAAAUGAACGGCCAAGCCGAGGUUUUUAAUCGGGAGAUUAAAUUCAUCUUGGAAAGGAUUGUGAAGCCUAAUAGGAAAUAUUGGAGUGCUAAGCUCACCGAUGCAUUAUGGGCCUACGGAACGGCAUACAAAAUGCCAAUUGGCAUGAGUCCAUUUCGGUUGGUGUAUGGCAAGGCUUGCCACUUACCGAUGGAGAUAAAGCACAAGGCAUAUUGGGCCAUCAAGGAGUGCAAUCCGAGUUUGGGUGGAGCCGGAAUUGAGCGGAAGCUACAACUAGCGGAGUUGGAAUCACCACCUAUGGAAGAAUUGGAAAUCUCCACAUCCACCGGCACCGACAAUGAAGAUAGCAAUAAUAAUGGAGAAGAUGAUGGACACUCGGGAGCCGAUCAACCUCUGCGUCUCACUCAAGGCUCGGAGGACCGUGCCAACUUCUAA